CAUUCAGAAGUUUGCAUAUCUUGUAAAAAUUAGACGAUAGAGUGCGCCACUAGCUUGACGCAACAGUGCAAUCUCAUUUCAUUCUAAAUCCCGAAGUGCCGAAAGCGUUAUUUUUUUGCGUUCGUUCUGGGCACCGAGUGCGCAUGCGCCGGAAUUCAACAUCGCGCAGUGGCGAAUACACACCAGACCGUUAAACAUCGAAACACCAGGCAUGGCUGAAGAAGCAAGCAACGAAUACACGCCUCCUGCGUUCAACUUCACGGAUGAAGCAACCCCAAGUACAAGCCGUGACAACACCCAGGGCGCUUCGUCUGCUUUGGGUGCCUACCCAACCAUUUCUGACGAUGCCUGUCCUUUCCAAUGGAACACGCAGCCCAGGCCAACAACCGACGGGACUUACAACCUCGACGGUGUCACUGAAAAUGCAAGCACAAGUUCCCUGCUUCUGGGGUCCAACACCAGCAUCGAUAAUGAAAUGCCAAGCACAAGUCGCCCUGGCAUGGAGCAAGCAACCGCCAGUUUAGAUCACGGCGCCAGAUUUCCUGAGACUACCAGUGUUGGCCAAUCGAACACGCAGUACCACAGUUGAUGGCACAUCCAGCGUCUCCGGGCACACAGACAAUACUGAACACCGAAGCAACGCAUUCAGACUGCCGGUCUACAGCAGCGGCAGCGGCGGCGAUGACGCAGUGGCCAGCACAAGCCGCGCGGGCAUGCAGGACGCAACGGGUACAUUGGGAAACGAAGCCAGGAGUGCUAUUGGAAGCGGAGGAAGAGAACAGCCAGAGUUGUGCGGUGUCUCUGGCAAUGUUUCCAGCGGACGGGAUGCCUCACACGGGUACCCCCACGAACACGCAGGCGACAGAGCCCACAUUUGUAAAGCACGCGAUCAAUCAUCUGUGAAGGAGUCGAAGUAUGUAGCACGCUGCCGUAACCGUACUGCCGACAACCACAAAUGCGAAGGCUGCGGUAAACUGUUCCACCAGGCUCAUAAUCUAGUUCGACAUUACCGCACGCACACAGACGAGAGACCCUACAAAUGCGAAAUAUGCGGUAAAUCAUUCUCGAAUGUAUGGACUCUCCGUGCACACCAGCUGACUCACUCGGACGAGAGACCCCAUGUCUGCUAUAUGUGUACUACAGCAUUCAAAACCAAAUGGAAUCUCAAGAGUCAUCUCAACUUGAAGUGCAGAUAUAGAGCUUCCGUUUGCGAUAUAUGUAACCAAUCCUUUAUGGACAACUUAGGUCUCAGUCAUCACCCCCAAAGCAUGCACGGCGAUAAGACACCGUAUGAGUGUGUGCGUUGCGGAUUUAGUUUCGCAGGUAAAGAAACCCUUGAUAAACAUCUGUGUCAGAGUUAUAAGUGCUACUUAUGUGGAAAUUCACUUGGAGACCUAGUUCAACUGAUCGCACACCUCAUUACGCAUAGCGGUGAGCAGCCCUACCCCGACUUGGGGAAGUGGCGUGCUUCAGCCCACCCUAGUGCGAUGGAGGGGCCUCCACACGGGACCGCGGCCUCUGUGAUCACUGCAAACCCAGCGCCUGGAAUGCUACUGAAACCGGAGGAAGAGAGCAGCAACUGUCCUGCGGUGCCAGCAGGAAGGUUUCCAGCAGACGGGACGCCUCACACGGGCAACCCAGCGAACGACAUCGAAACAUCAGCCAUGGCUGAAGAAAGCAGCCACCAAUGCAUGCCUCUUGACUUAAGCAUGAAGGCCGAAGCAACACAGCGUACUAGCCGUCGCGGUACCCAGGGCGCUUCAUCUACAUGGGGCGCCUACAGAACGAUUUCCGACGACGCCUUGCGCUACCCGGGGAACACACACCACACGCCCACUACGGACGAGACUUGCAACGUCGACGGUGUCACUGAAAAUGGGAGCACAAGUUACCAGCACCUGGGGUUUAUCGGCAACAUCGAUCACGCAAGGCCCAGCACAAGCCGCGCUGGCAUGGAGGAAGCAUCACCCAGUUUUGAAGACGGCGCCAUGAAUGCUACUGAAACCGGAGGAAGAGAGCAGCAACUGUCCUGCGGUGACAGCAGGAAGGUUUCCAGCAGACGGGACGCCUCACACGGGCAACCCAACGAACGUACGAGAGGCACAGCGCCCAUGUUCAGUGCACGAGAUCGAUCGCCUGUCAACAAGUCGAACCACAAAUGCGAAACAUGUGGUAAAUUGCUAGGUAGCGCUGCUACUCUAACUGCACAUCACCGCACGCAUACAGGAGAAAGACCCUACAUAUGCGGAAUAUGUCAUAAAUUGUUCGCGCACAAAACCGGUUUCCAUACGCAUAAACUGAUUCACACAGGAUUGAAACCCCAUAUCUGCCAAAAUUGUACUAAAGCAUUCAAAAGCAAAGCGGAACUUAAAGUUCAUGUUAUAUCGCACAGUAAUGAUAGACCUUUUAUUUGCGACAUAUGUAAUCAGUCCUUUAAGUAUAACUCAGCAUUGAGCAGACACCGCAAAAGAAUUCACGAGGGUAAAUAGCCGUACGAGUCCUAGCAGUGUGGAUUUCGGUUCGCAAUGAAAGAAAAUCUUGACGCACAUCUCUGCAAGAAUAUUUCGUGCCAAUUGUGUGGAGUUUCGUUUACAGAUGCAGCUCAACUGGUUGCAGAUCACGUGACGCAUACGGGUGGGCAGUGACAAGUGCAGUGUGACUAGGGCAGUGUGACUAGUGCACAAGGGAAGUAGAUCGCCUACGUGUUUUGCAUAGGAACGGGACCAUGAAGCCAUGCAGGAAAUUAACGCUGACAUUCUCCCACACUGACCAGAAACUAACCGAACGCAUCGUGUCGAGACGGGCUUCUUUUGAUGUUUAAAAGGGCUGAGUGAAAUGCGAGACGUAAAGGAGGCCGCUAGAUUUUUAUAAAUUACGUGACAAAACGUCGUCUCCACCAAAAUUUGGCAUGCUUCAAUGUCGAAGUAUACUGCAGAUCCUGUGUAGAGCUCACUGUUUGCAAAACUAUCUUGUUCGCCCACGUAGCUUUAGCUAACUCAUUUCUAGACAAACCAUAAUGGGCUGCAGCUUUGUGUUUGCGUAACUAGAAGGUUGAAUGUUCGCACAGGAUCCUUGAAACAUCGUGUAGUUUUGUGCAAGCGUUUUUACAGUGUACUAGUAAUCAAGGUUUAGCUAACUGUGCUUUGAGGAUUCUGCAGUGUGAAUAGAAGGGAGUACUUCACAUGGGGAACCCAUUAAAAGAGGAGGCACUGCGUUCUUGUCAACUAAAAACGAAUCUCUAAUAAUUGAGGCCCUUCGGCCUUGCUGCCUUCCUGGGACAGCUUUUACAAUAUAUGGACACAACCAUGGGAAAAUUUCUUUCGCUUACAAAUUAUUCAAUGCGCGUGAUGUUUUGGUUCUCUCUUUGGCUCUUGUAUUCUUACCGAAAAUUUUUAUUCUUUAUCAUACUGCGGACAAAUCGGAGACUUUAUUCGACUCAAAUCAUUUAGAACCUAACUAUACAUCUUCUUCCAGAGUCAAUAUUUAAAUUUUGUGGUGUUGAGGUGUAACCUCCAUCAGUUUUCAAGUGCAGUUUCUUAUUCACUCGGAAGUCGUCUCUUUUGACUUGCCCUGCGCUCUAACUACAGCAGGGGAAUUUUUAGCCUGAUCUGACAAACGUGUCCCUGCGAGCCAUGAUAGGACAACUCAGAUAGUUUUUAGUUAAUCAUUGACCCGCGUACUUUUUUUUAAUGUACGCAUCUCACCGAAUAACAAAUGUUAGGCUACAGCUCAGGGCGUGAGACACCAGCAUGUAUCAGAACAUUCUGCAAUAGUGGAGCGUCUGGUAAUCAAAUUGCACGCGUAAGGCGAAUACAGUUGUGCAUUCUGGAAUACACGCAAGCGCCAAUGAUAAGGCUGGAAUGUAUUACGAAAAAAAGUGAGAAUAGCCGAUACUCGCUAAUCGCAAAUCAUUUGUUCAACGAUCGACUCAUGUGAUCGGCACUAUCGUUCUGCCAGACUGUAACUUGUUUUGUUGGUCAGAGGU